AUGAGAAAGUUGCCGUCUUUCAGCUCCAGAAGGUCGCUGUAUCUGUGGAAUUUGAAGAUACGGGACGCCACAAAUCGUGGCCUUUACAAGCAAACUCUCGAUCUCUACAGUUCCAUCCUGCAAUCUGGGGUAGGUGGUGGUAGUAACUUCACUUACCCGAUGGUCCUUAAAGCCUGUUCUUCCCCCGACGCCAUCCACGUCGGGAAAACGCUUCAUUCCCAUGUUACACAUCUGGGUUUCCAGGCGGACGUCUACGUGCAGACAUCUCUCCUCGAUAUGUACUCCAAGUGCGGCGACUUGGUUUCUUCGAGGAAGGUGUUCGACGAUAUGUCUGAGAGAGGCGUUGUGUCUUGGAACUCCAUGAUCGCUGCUUAUUGCCGUUGUUCUCUCGUUGAUGAAGCCGUUUCUGUGGUAAACCAAAUGAGGGCUCUUGGUCUGGAACCAAGUUCGACCACUUUCCUUGUGUUGUUUCCUGCUUGUAGCUCCCUUCUGCAGGGCUUAUCGACCCAGUGCUGUGCCUUCAAAAUGGGGUUCCUGAAUGGUGACGAUGAGGUGCCUCUAACUAAUUCUGUGAUGGGUAUGCUCGUCAAACACUGUCAAACUCAUGAAGCUCGUGCAAUCCUUGAGAAGAUGCAAGAACCGUCCGUCAUCUCUUGGACAACAGUGACUAGCGGUUAUGUGGAAACUGGACACGUGAAAGAAGCUUUCUCUGUGUUUAACCAGAUGAGGAGGAAAACCAUCAGCCUGGAUUAUGUAGCUUUCUUCGCAAUCAUAUCAGCUUGUGGCCAGCAUGGCGACCUGUUGGUAGCUUCGACGGUCCAUUCUCUAACAAUCAAAACCGGAUGUGAGGGUGAAGAUGCUAUUGACAAUCUGCUAGUGAGCAUGUAUGCAAAAUGUUGUGAUCUCGUCUCAGCUAGACGUGUAUUCGAUUCCUCUUGUGAGAAAACUGUCUUCGUCUGGACAUCAAUGAUUAGUGCAUAUCAAAAUGCAGGUCGUCCAGCUGAUGCUAUAGAACUUUUCAAGAGGUUGUUGCAGACAAGUGUGAAACCGGAUGAAGCAACUCUGGCCAUCAUUCUUUCAGCUUGUGCUGACACAGGGACUCUGUCUCUGGGAGAAGAAAUUGAAGAGUACAUCACGACCAACGGGUUGCAGUUGGAUCGCCAGGUCCAGACCUCUUUAAUACACAUGUUCUGCAAAUGUGGUAGUAUAGAGAAAGCACGAACAGUAUUUGACAGUAUAUCAGAGAAAAAAGACUUGGCAGCUUGGAGUUCCAUGAUAAAUGGCUAUGCCAUUCAUGGGAUGGGAAAUGAGGCCCUGAGUCUCUUCCACGAUAUGCAAAAUACGGAAGGAAUAGUGCCAGAUAGUCUUACUUACACGAGCAUAUUACUGGCCUGCAGCCAUUCAGGACUUGUGGAGGAUGGGUUGAAGUACUUCAAGAGCAUGCAGAAGGAUUUCGGUUUAGAACCCAGAAUUGAACACUAUACUUGCUUGGUAGAUCUUCUGGGUAGAGCUGGUCGGCUUGACUUGGCACUGGAAACCACAUUGGAUUUCCCUGAGAAGAUUCAGGGACGGAUGUGGGCUCCAUUUCUAAGUGCAUGCAAGAAGCAUCGAAACGACGAGCUUGGCGAAUUGGCUGCUAGAAAGCUGUUGGAAUUCAGCACUGGAAGCACUGGGAACUAUGUAUUGAUGGCAAAUCUGUACACAUCUCAAGGCAAGUGGAAGGAGGCGGCCGAGACAAGAAGAUUGAUGGACGACAGAGGACUUGCAAAAGAACCUGGUUGGAGCCAAGUUGAGAUCUGUGAUUCUGGAGAUCGUUAA